GUCAGGGGUCAUUUAAAAGCCCGGCAAGAGAAAAGAAGGUUGCGAAACUCAGAAGUUCAAACAAUUAAGAAAGCUGACACCCCCUUUAUCAGUUGAAGCCAUAGAUUAGAAGGAUCAUCAGUCAUCCGCCACAGAGGCUUCGGGCUUGUAUGUAUGUAGAAUAACAUGUAGACUGUAGAGCCGAUCAGCUGUCCAACGUGAAUAUAGGAUAUUUUCUGUACACAGCAGACCUGCAGAGAGCAAAAGGAUAUACAGCUUGACCAUUUUAAAUAGAGACAAUUGGGAUUAUUUUACUUAAAAUUUUACUUCAACUUGGAUUUUUAAUUUCAAAAAUAUUUUAAUAUUUAAGUGUUUUAUUGAAAGGUAGCCACCAUGAGGUUGUUGUGGCUAACCUGCUUAUGCCUCAUUGCCAUACAAGUAAAAUCUCAGGAAAGUGAUAGAAAGAGCAAUUGGGGCUUAUUGAAAAAUGCUAUUAAAAUAACCAGUAGUGAUGAAUCUCCGUUCCUAGAACCUACAGACGGAAAAUGGGGCCCUUGGAGUGAGGGCUCCGAGUGCUCUCGGUCCUGUGGGGGAGGAGUUUCUUUACAGGAACGACAAUGCCAAGAUACGAGUAAAACUGGAAGUCACAGCUGUAUAGGACCAAGCAAGAUCUACAUUUCAUGUAAUAUACAGGAUUGUCCAGAAGGUUCAAAGGACUACAGAGAGGAACAAUGCGCUGAAUACAACAAUAUCGAAUUUGAUGGAAAAACUUAUGAAUGGAUUCCUUAUUUAGGAGAUGAAGUGCCAAACAAGUGUGCAUUGAACUGUUUGGCUAAAGGAGAAAGUUUCUACUACCAACAUGCUGUUCAAGUUAAAGAUGGCACCACCUGUCAGGAGGACUCUUUAGAUGUGUGUGUGGAUGGAGUUUGUCAGCCUGUAGGGUGUGACAUGAUGCUAGGAUCUCAGGCCAAAGAAGAUAUGUGUCGUGAAUGCAAUGGUGAUGGCUCGUCAUGCCAAAUUGUGACAGGAGAGUUCACCAAACCUAUCCUGGAAACAGGUUAUAAUGAUAUUUUGCUCAUUCCAAGUGGCUCUACAAAUAUUAGGAUAGAAGAGACGGUUGCCACAAAUAACUACCUCGCAAUGAGAAACCUCUCGGGUACUUAUUUUCUGAAUGCUGACUGGAGGAUAAAUUUCCCCGCUAUGUAUAAAUUUGCCGGGGCUAACUUCCAUUAUACACGUGGUAGCAUGCCUCUUGACAAACCAGAGGUCAUUUCAGCAAAGGGCCCCACUACUGAAGCCAUCUAUAUUGUGCUUUUGCACCAAGAGAAAAAUGAAGGGAUCAAAUAUACUUACUACAUUCCAAAUGUUGCACAAUCUACCUAUGGCUGGGAGACCACUGAAUGGGGAGAGUGCAGUCAGACUUGUGGUGGAGGAAGCCAGUCAAGAACUGUGACGUGUCAGAAAGAUGAUGGUGAAUCUGCGGAGAACCUUUGUGAUGAGAGCCAGAAACCAGCAACCACACAGACAUGUAGCACAGAGUCAUGCCCAGCAAGUUGGGCAGUGGGAGAGUGGCAAGAGUGCUCCACCACAUGUGGUGAAGGAUUCCAAUACCGCAUAGUCUUCUGUCAGCAAGUGACCAAUGGAAACAUUCCUAAGAUAGUUGAUAGUGAUGAGUGUUCAGAGGAGAAACCAACCAAUGAGCAAGCUUGUAACAAAGAUGUUCUGUGCCCGGUAUUUGAAGCUGGACCAUGGUCUGAGUGCUCACAUGAGUGUGGCCCUGGUAAACAAACACGUAAGGUGACAUGCCAGGAUGUACCAACGAGCCCAGGAAGUAAAGUGCAGUCAUAUGAAGAUGAUGCCUGUGAUGACCAAGAAAAGCCCAGUGAAGAACAGGAGUGCUCCAAUGGUCCAUGUGAAGGUGUGGAUUGGGUCAUUUCAGACUGGACUGAAUGCUCUGGUGUAUGUGGCCACUCUAUGCAGACAAGGCAGGUGAAGUGUGUGAGCAGGAAUGGUGUGGUCCACUCAGAUGAUGAAUGCGAGAGUGGCAGGAAGCCAGAGACUGUCAGGAUGUGUGACAAUGAUAAAGCAGAGUGCAAGGCACAGUGGCAUGCCUCACAGUGGGCCCCAUGCUCUGUACGAUGUGGCAAGGGACUUCAGACACGAAUUGUUGUGUGUGCAAUAUUUGAUGGUGAAAAGCUCCAGAAUGUCCCAGAUGAACUGUGUAACAUUGAUGACAAACUGGACACAGUGAAGGAGUGUGACGCUGGACAGUGUAAGGGUCAAUGGUUCGCUGGACCAUGGAGCAAGUGCUCGGCACCAUGCGGAGGAGGCAACAGACAUCGUGAAUUGAUGUGUUUCACCAAUGGCAGAGUGGUGACUCAUUCUGAAUGUGAUGCCUCUAAGAGACUUGAGGAGAAAGAACCAUGUAAUAACACACCAUGUGAUGAAGACAACUUACUGAUAAUCAAGGGAGGUUGUAGAGAGAGUGCAUAUGGCUGUUGUCCUGAUGGAAUGACAGCAUCUAAAGGUGAAAACAAUGAGGGUUGCCCCGACGAUGAGGAUGAAAAGACAGACUGUCAGCAGACAGAGUUUGGUUGUUGCCGGGAUGAUAAGACUCCAGCUGGUGGACCUUUCUAUGAAGGUUGUCCGGAUAUACCUUGCAAGGAUUCUAAAUAUGGUUGUUGCUCUGAUGACACCACAUCUGCCAAGGGUGAGAACAAGGAGGGAUGCCAAGAUGAACCAGAAACUGAGGGUGGGGCACCUGUUGAGAUCCAACAAGCUCCACCAACACCGAUUGCUAUACCUGAAGGUGAUAAAGAACCAAAAGAUGAUGAUGAAAAUUCUGGAGAUGGAGAAGAUGCUAGCACAGUGUCUCCAGAUGUUGUUACUGAAGUGGAACCUAAAACUACAACGAAGAAGGAUGUUACCACUGAAAGCCCAAUUGUGAAAGUAACUAAGAGUGAAACCAAAAAAACUGAGACAAAGUCUGUAACUGCCGAGCCAACUGCCAAACCAACAACUGAAGCAAUAGCAGAAGAGGCAACUGAGACUACAACAGAUGCCAUCAAAGCUUCUACAGAAGAGGUUUCAUUAUGUGCAACAUUCCAGUUCGGCUGCUGUCCCGAUGGAAAGACAAGAGCUCUGGAUGAGAAUGGCAGUGGUUGUAAAGUAGAACCAUUCUGUGAAUCUAUGGAAUUUGGUUGCUGCAAUGGCACAGAGAUCCCAGCUUUAGGCUCCAAUGGUGAGGGUUGUGGACCAUCUAUUGUGGUAGGAGAUUGCCACGGAGCACCUUACGGCUGCUGCCCAGAUGGAAAGACCUCUGCUAAUGGCCCAGAAAAAGCCAACUGUGAACCUGCCUCUAUUUCUGCAUGUAAAACCUCUGAACAUGGCUGUUGCCCUGAUGGGGAGAGACCAGCUGAGGGAGCAAAUAAUGAAGGCUGUGAAAUCAAGGUUAUCCUAGGAGGUUGCAGAGGAACUGAGCAUGGGUGUUGCACUGAUGGAGUAACUGCUGCAACUGGGCCCAAUAAAGAAGGUUGCGAAGAUGUUGAGGUGGACUGUGAAACAACUGAAUAUGGUUGUUGCUUAGACUCUAAGAUUGCUGCCCAAGGACCUGACAACGAGGGAUGUGGAACUGUGAUAGUUGACCCCCCUGUCCUAGGGGGCUGCGCGGGAACACAACACGGUUGCUGCCCAGAUAAAAAGACAAGUGCAAGUGGGCCAAACUUGCAGGGUUGUGACAUUGAGCAAAAAGACCUGGAAUGUUCCAAGACAACAUAUGGUUGCUGCCCAGAUGGUGAGGCUACUGCUCUUGGUUUAGACUUUGAUGGCUGUGGAGACUCCAUAGACACAUCAUCAUGUGCAUUCAGCAGACAUGGCUGUUGUCCAGAUGGUGUUACUGAAGCUCAGGGGUCCAAUUUCCUCGGCUGCACCUGGGUACAAGAAAGUUGCAGCUUGCCUUCGGCUCCUGGGACCUGCCGCAACUUCACUAUUGGAUGGAACUUUGACAUUGCAUUUGGAGGCUGCUCACGGUUCUGGUACAGCGGCUGUGAGGGCAACAGCAACAGGUUUGAGAAUCAGGAGCUGUGUAAGAGUAUCUGCGUCCAGCCUGAGGGCAGGGCUAAGUGUCAGUUGCCAAAGGUGACAGGUCGAUGCAGAAAAUCCAUCGCUAGGUGGUACUAUAGUACAGUAACUGCCCAAUGUGAGAUCUUUACUUAUGGUGGUUGCCUUGGAAACAACAACAACUUUGAAACAUUGGCUGAAUGUCAAGCAAAUUGUUUACCAGUUCUAGAUGUAUGUAAGAUGGACAAAGACCCUGGGCCAUGUAAAGGUGAUCAUAAGUACUGGUACCAUGAUACUGCUACUAACGAAUGUCACGAGUUCAGCUAUGGAGGCUGCAGAGGAAAUGAGAACAGAUUUGACAACAAGGAAGACUGUGAGUUGAGAUGUCCUCCUAAACAAGAUCCAAGCACAAAGACAGAGGAAACAGAAGUUAAAGAAGUGAAUGUCUGCAAGAUGCCAAAGGAGGUGGGACCAUGCAAGGCUCUUUUGAGGAAAUGGUUCUUUGAUGCCCAAGAUGGCCACUGCAAGCCUUUCACUUAUGGUGGUUGUCAAGGAAAUGGGAAUAACUUUGAAACUGAGGAAGAAUGUCGUACAAAAUGUAAUGCAAAGUCAUCUGAAGAUAUCUGCACCUUACCAUCUGAGACUGGACCCUGCACCGAGAGUGUCACCAAGUGGUUCCAUGAUACAACUGAUGGAGAGUGUAAACAGUUCCUGUAUGGAGGGUGUGAGGGAAAUAAGAACAACUUUGAGACAUUUGAUGAAUGUAAAGGACAAUGCAUAGCAACGAAACCUAUCAAAGUCAGGGCAAAGUGUUCCCUAAAGCCAGUAACAGGGCCAUGUAGGGCUCAACUUAGCCGCUGGUUCUACAAUACAGCACUGCGAGAGUGUCAGCAGUUUACAUAUGGUGGUUGCCAAGGAAAUGGAAACAGAUUCUUGGAUAAACAGAUGUGUGAGAAUAUGUGCAUUCAUUCUUUCAGAGAAAAGCCACUCUCACCAGAUGUCUGUCAGCUGCCUCUACAACCUGGACAAUGUAAAGCAUAUGCUGAGCUAUACUAUUUCAACGCAGCUAUUAAUGCUUGUGAGAAAUUCCAAUAUAGUGGCUGUGGGGGUAACGGGAAUAGGUUUCUCACAGAGUCCCAGUGCGUAGAUAGGUGCAUAGAGGAGAAGGGAAAUACCCCCGAAGUCAUUGACAGAGUAGUUGAGGAAGCUGAUCUGGUCCCAAAAUCAAAAGAGGUGUGCAAGCUUGAGCGUGACCCUGGACCCUGUGAUGGCUACUACCCCAAGUGGUACUUUGAUGAUAGAACACAAUCCUGCAGGCGAUUCCUCUACACUGGAUGUGAUGGUAACGAGAAUAGAUUUGAGAGGGAAGAGGACUGUAAUGCCACAUGUAUGUCAGUGAAACCUGAUCAAGUGACAGAUGCACCAACAACAGAGGGAGGUGAAGAGGACAGCAGUGAAGAAGAGCCACCAGUUACACAUACUCCCUCUGAAUCUGAAGAAGUCAUUACUUAUGAUGUGUGUUCUGAAGAACCCGAUGCUGGUCCAUGCCGUCAAGCACAGGCUCUGUGGUAUUACAGCCAAUCAGACGGCAUAUGUAAACGUUUCCUUUAUGGUGGAUGUAAGGGUAAUGGCAAUAGGUUUGCGUCAGAAGAGAAGUGUAAGAGUAUAUGUGUAGACAGGACAUUAGGAACACCUGAAGAAACAACUGUAGCACCCACUGAAAAACCUGCUGAAAAACCGACUGAAAAACCCACUGGAAAACAACAAGAUAUUUGCAUGUUGCCCUCUGAAAGUGGACCCUGCAAGGCUCAUAAAGAUAAGUGGUUCUUUGAUGCUGAUAUUCAGAGAUGCAGGCAGUUCUGGUAUGGAGGUUGCCAGGGUAACGACAACAGGUUCGAUUCUGAGGUUGAAUGUAUGGCUGCCUGUAAACCAAGUGAAGAGAGAUCAAAAGAUUCAUGCACCCUUCCAAAAGACUCUGGACUCUGCUAUGCUUCAUUUCAAAGGUAUUUUUUCAAUACAGCAACUAAAGCCUGUGAGGAGUUCAUCUAUGGUGGCUGUGAUGGUAAUGAAAACAACUUUGAAUCUAUUACUGAAUGCAGGGAGGUUUGUGGAGAGGAGGAGCCAACUGACAAAAUUAAACCUGAUAAUAAAGAAGCCUGCAAUGCUCCAGAAGACAGUGGACCAUGCUAUGCCUCAUUCCUCAAGUUUUACUAUGACAACACAACAGACACGUGUAGACCAUUUAUUUAUGGUGGUUGCCUUGGAAACGGGAACAAUUUCAAGAGUGAUGCAGAGUGCUAUGAAACUUGUAGCAAUGGCAUUGAAGGACGCAGACUCAGGAAACCAUCCGAUUGCUUCAAGAAGCAAGAUGCAGGUGACUGCCAGAAGUUCACUCCCAGAUGGUACCAUGAUGCUGCUACCAGGGAAUGUUCUCCCUUCUACUAUGGGGGCUGUGGCGGAAAUGGAAACAAUUUUGAAAGCUUUAAAGAUUGCGAUGCUAUGUGCUCUCUUGUGUCUCCCCAGUGUGAGACUCUCAGGUGCAACUUAGACUGUCCCUAUGGCCUGACAGUCGGCCAUGAUGGCUGUGAAGAGUGCUCAUGUUAUGACCCAUGUGAGGCCCAUGAGUGCCCAGAAGACAUGCAGUGUCAAGUGAGGAGAGAAGCUUGCCAGCAGGAGCCAUGUGCAUAUAGACCAACAUGUACCUUCGUUGAGAGACCAGGUAUAUGUCCCCCCAUGGGACACCUAGUGGAUUGUGCCAAUCCUAAUGAAGUCCCAAUAAGCAGUGAGUGCAGGAUGGACACAGACUGCCCCAAUAAUGAGAAGUGCUGCGACCAAGGCUGUGGGGACUACAAGUGUAUUCCUGGAGUACAGAUACAACCCCCUAUCCUUGGUGGAUGUGCUAGUACGCAACAUGGCUGUUGUUCAGAUGGCGUUACUUCCUCAAAUGAGUAUGGUUCGAAUUGCCCACCUGGCGGUUGUGGAAGUACUAGAUAUGGAUGUUGUCCAGAUGGUGUUACUUCUGCAUUAGAUGAAAACUAUUUUGGUUGUCCCGAAGUUGUGGAACCACCAAUUAAAC